UCCAUUUUUGAUGCAAGCCACUGCCAGGGAGAUGAGUCAAAUUGAAAGCUCCUAGCCACAUGCCGCGCUGUGCCCCCACACGUAUAAGGAAACCUGAGCCAGCAAGUUAACUCACCCCCCCAAAAAUACUAAAGGACCUUCUACCCAACCGAAUACAACCCUCAAUCCGACCCGUCUUCAAUAUCUAUAUUCCUCGCUCUCUCUCUCUCUCUCUGCUUCGAACAGUUGCGGAGCGGAGAAAUUUGUGGCGGAACCACCGAAAAGCGAGGGCACAAUGUCUCUGCGGCCGAGCAGCACGCGCACGGAGGUGCGGAAGAAGGCGUACAAGACGGGGGUGGACGCGGAAGAGGCUCGGAGGAGGAGAGAGGACAAUCUGGUGGAGAUCAGGAAGAGCAAGCGCGAGGACAAUCUCUUGAAGAAGCGGAGAGAAGGCCUCCUCGGCCUUAACUCCCAACCCAUUCAGCAGCUCGCCGAUGCGUCCCAAAACGCCGCCGCUUUGGAAAAGCGGCUAGAAAGUAUUCCUGUGAUGGUACAAGGAGUAUGGUCUGAUGAUCCUGCUUCACAGUUGGAAGCCACUACUCAGUUUAGAAAGCUAUUAUCAAUAGAGCGCAGCCCUCCAAUUGAUGAGGUAAUCAAGGCAGGUGUGGUUCCUCGGUUUGUGGAGUUUCUGGGAAGGCAUGAUCUGCCCCAACUGCAAUUUGAAGCUGCAUGGGCUUUGACCAAUGUUGCAUCUGGAACAUCAGAGCAUACACGAGUGGUAAUUGAGCAUGGUGCCGUCCCCAUGUUUGUGCAACUUCUUAGCUCUGCUAGUGAUGAUGUCAGAGAGCAGGCGGUAUGGGCUUUAGGUAAUGUUGCUGGUGAUUCUCCAAGUUGUAGGGAUCUUGUUCUUGGUCAUGGUGCACUUGUGCCGUUACUAUCUCAGUUAAAUGAACACUCAAAAUUGUCCAUGUUGAGGAAUGCUACAUGGACUCUAUCUAACUUCUGUCGUGGCAAGCCACCAACGCCAUUUGAGCAGGUGAAGCCUGCCUUACCAGUUCUCCGGAAACUUAUUCACCUGAAUGAUGAAGAAGUUCUGACUGAUGCUUGCUGGGCCCUAUCUUAUCUUUCAGAUGGCCCGAAUGAUAAAAUUCAGGCUGUUAUUGAAGCAGGUGUCUGCCCACGACUUGUGGAGCUUCUGCUUCAUCCUUCGCCCACAGUUCUUAUACCUGCUCUUCGGACUGUGGGAAACAUUGUUACGGGUGAUGAUGCACAGACACAGUUUGUAAUUGACAACCAAGUGCUCCCUUGUCUCUAUCAACUUCUUACACAAAAUCACAAAAAAAGCAUCAAGAAAGAAGCUUGUUGGACGAUCUCAAAUAUCACAGCUGGGAAUAGAGGUCAAAUACAGGCUGUUAUUGAGGCCAAUAUCAUUCUCCCUCUUGUACAUCUUCUCCAACAUGCUGAGUUUGACAUCAAGAAGGAGGCCGCAUGGGCUAUAUCGAAUGCCACCUCUGGGGGAUCUCAUGAACAGAUUCAAUUCCUGGUCAACCAAGGUUGCAUUAAGCCGCUAUGUGAUCUUCUUCUCUGUCCAGACCCAAGGAUCGUGACAGUGUGCCUAGAAGGGCUUGAGAACAUUCUGAAGGUGGGUGAGGCUGACAAAGAAAUGGGAAUGCAUGAAGGAAUAAACGUUUAUGCGCAAUUGAUUGAUGAAAGUGAUGGGUUGGAAAAGAUUGAGAAUCUGCAGAGCCAUGACAACAAUGAAAUUUAUGAGAAGGCUGUGAAGAUCUUGGAGAGAUACUGGGCCGAGGAAGAAGAAGAAGAGCAGAACCUCCAGGAGAAUGGGAAUGGAAAUCAGCAAGUUUUUAGUUUUGGAACAAACCAGCCCAGCCUCCCCCCUGGCGGCUUCAAAUUUGGCUAAAUUGGCAGAGUUUAGGAUUCUGUUUUCUAGCCUUGUAGGCUUCCUUCCUUAAUUUCCUUGUUUCAGUGAAAUUAUCAAACUUCUUUUGUAUUUCCUUUAUUACCAAGGGUCAGGGGUUUUUGGUCUGGCACAUAGGUUAUUUAUUUGUCUAUGAAAUUUGGUACAAGUGUUACAGCUUCUCAACUUGCGGGUUUCCAUCUUGAUGUGUAUUUCUAUACAUGAUAGCUUAAAAGUUGUCAUUGUGGUUCCUUUUACUUGAAAUCACUUUUCUACUUCUUA